GGGGGGCCGGCGCGCCCCAGGUCUGCAAGCACCUGGCGGAGAAGAAGACCAUGACCAACCCCACGACGGUCAUCGAGAUCUACCCCGACACCAGCGAGGUGAACGACUACUACCUGUGGUCCAUCUUCAACUUCGUCUACCUCAACUUCUGCUGCCUGGGCUUCAUCGCCCUGGCCUACUCCCUCAAACAUCAGCAUCGCUGGCCGCCAUUCAUCCCUCACAUUCCGGCCUGUGUACCUGGUCCUGGGCUCCACCACGUGGAACCAUGUUAUGUCCGGGACAAGAAGCUGCUCAACGACCUGAACGGAGCCGUGGAGGACGCCAAGACCGCCCGGCUGUUCAACAUCACCAGCUCCGCCCUGGCCGCCUCCUGCAUCAUCCUGGUCUUCAUCUUCCUGCGGUACCCGCUCUCCGACUACUGAGGCCGCCUGCGGACGAGGGAGCGGGAAGGGCUCACUUUCAGGACGGAG